CUUCUAGACCUGCAAGAAUUUCUUCUUGGAGGUGUGUCCGCAUUGCCGCAGCAGUCACUGUCGCAGACGAUGUCGCCGCAGGCGGAAACGACUUUCAUCGAAGAAACAAAACAGGGGUCAGAACUUGCUGAUGACGACGACGCCGGUUCGUUCCAGAAUGGCCCCCACAAGGAGGCGCUAAUACAGCUCCGGCCUUUGCAAGUUUGUCUUGGCCUAUUACCUCUUCUCGCAGUCUAUGCCUGCUGCCUAUACCUCCAGCUCCCACAGAUAUCUCGACCAGUCGCGGUAGGCGGAGCACGGAGCCUCGUGCAAUUAUUGAUUUUAUGGCGUCGGAGUAAUGCUGAAUUUCUACUGGUGGUGAUAUUAUGACGAACGUGCCUUGUUCGAUUAAUACAUUUACAGGGAGGACCAACAACAACAAGGACAUAUUAGAGUUGAUGAUCACGAUCAUCAGGUCGCUAAUCACCGUCGGUUCUCUCCUAGUCCCAGUCUUUCAUGCUGGAACUGAGCACCCGGAAGUCGUCCUCCUGUAUAUCAUCGCUAUGACGCUGGUCGCCAGUACUGAAGCGGCUAAGAGGUGUCAGAAAAGCAGUGAAGGCUUGUUGGAUUAUGCGGAGUUCAAGGUGGAUCCGAACCUGUCUGGGAAUGGUGCGCAUGAUCACGCAGCACCCGAGACAGUAGUGGAAAUUAGGUUAAGGCUUUGAAUUUCAAGACUUAUUGUAUUCUACUACAAGUAAUCGGACGAGGAGGACUUCCACCUACAGCUAUAAUUAGAAGCUAAGAGUGGUAGAGGUCACCUCUACGCAAAGAGCGGCUGGUGGAGGUGAAAGAAGCUCGGAAAGCUCUAAUUUUUAGUGCUCCCCCCGUCAAAGUUGCUGAGGGGAGCGAUACGCGUGUUCUUGAAAAGAAAGCAGAACAACCUGGAGGACUCCGCGAAUCACAAGAGCACCAGCACGCGAGAGUCGCAGAAAUUGAGGUCUCUUUCUCGCCCACAACGACAUCCUUGGAGAUGAGGACGAGCGGCACUCGUACCUCCUCGUUAGAAGCAAGUAUUCGAAAAACUACAUCACAGCUAAGCUUCCUCCGCCUUCCAGGAUCCCGCUUAAGCCGUCAUUUAUUUCUAGCCAUGCUAAGCGCAAUCACAAUUGUCGCUUCCUUCGCCUUUCUUGUGGUCCUUCAACCUUCACCCUUUUGGGAUCCGCGAUACACAAUUCCGAUUACUGGCAUGUUACUGGGAAACGCCACUAGCGCUCUAUCACUCUCAACCGACCUUUUCCUUAAGAGUGUGGGAGAAAAAAGGACUUCUGUGUUGGAAACCUGGCUUGCCUUUGGGGCUCAUCCGUCGGAAGCGGCAGUUGACUUGAUGCGGGAAGCGAUCCGGGUUGGACUGACGCCGACGUUGAAUACCAUGGCAGUGUUGGGCGUCGUGACGAUUCCUGGGAUGAUGACAGGUCAGAUUCUUGGUGGCUCGUCUCCACUGGAAGCAGGUCUAUAUCAGGGACUAAUCAUGUACUUGAUCUGUGCCACGAGUUUCGUAGCAGUCGGCGUCAGCCUGGUCCUGUGUCUGCGGGACGUUUUUGUGAAGACGCAAGGAGGAGGGUACGUGCGAAGACGAAGCGCAACUGCGGCGAUGAGCAGUCUCCAUCAAGAGGUAGAUGGCGCAGCAAAAUCGGAGGAGAGUGGCGCCGCAAAGUCAGGACGAGGGACAUCAACAUUGCAAACGCCACUGCUUACAACAGUGGUGCCGGAGCUAUCUGGAGAGGAAGUUUCACACACUGUGAAGCCGCGUUUGGCUAUUUUCGAAUCCCGGAAACUCUUACAACAUCAUGAUCCUCCACAUAGAUAUGAGGUUAUAGUACUAAGCACUACGCUCUUGCCCGUCCAGCAGUUUAAUGAACGUGCAGUUGAACUGGAUAUCUCAAAUGAGCUUGGACAGGAUCUGAAGUUCUACCGCGGUCGUCUGUAUCUUGUCGAUGGUCCCUCAGGUGCUGGCAAAACAACCUUUCUACGCUCACUAGCGUUGUUGGAUCCCAUUAAUAGUUUCAUUGGGUCGCAGCUUCGGAACUGUGGAUGUGAAGUGGUAGACGAACAGGAAUUGACCAAGCAAGACACAUAUGUAGACAGCAGUACAACAAGUCCACCUUCGUGGCGCUCCUUGGUACGAUUCAUAUCGCAGAGUCGAGUGGGACUAGAAGGGAGUGUGGGUAGUUUCAUCGAUAGACUUGAGAUGUUAAAGGAGAGGCGAGCUGGAACUGGUUCGUCAAGCAUUGCGGUGGUAAAGUUAAGCUUGUUAAAGACAAUGAUGUUUCAGUUUUGAUGCCCUGCCCUACUUACUCGAAAACUCAAAAUGAGCGAGUUACUGACUGAAAUAAGGGAGGUAGCUUAACAUCAAGGCUACUCAUCUUCCUUCUCAUCAGUAUCUCCCUUAUUUUCAGUAGUUACUUGCUUAUUUCAGUUUUUCGAAUAAUUAAGUAGGUGGUAAUUGAAGGAUAUGGUUAUGGCGGCAUUACGGGUCUUCUUGAAAAUGGUCUAGUUUCUAAUAAGGCUGAACGCGAGCCCAUCAAUCAACGACGAUGCCUUCAAAGCCGAAUUAGCCACUCUGCUUUGCGACUGGGGUCUCUGCAAGAGCUCAGAAGAGGUGCCUGACUUCCUCGACAGGCGUGAAUGGAAGUCACUUUCGGAAGGGGAAUCUCAAAGAGUUUACGUAGCUAUAGCACUUGCUUCGCGCCCUUUGGUACUUUUGCUGGACGAACCCACAAGUGCUUUAGACGAUAAGACCAAGCGAGUAGUUGAGAGAACUUUGAAAGAGUAUGUGAGAACUGGAAAAAUAGCAACGAUUUUGCUCACUUCGCAUGAUGAAGGCCAGAAGCAGAGGCUUUUGCUGGGAGGUGGGGAUGGUGACCGUCAAGAUUGUCUGAGCAUGUGAAUAGUCUACUACCACGUGAACAAUACUAUCAGUCUUUAGACUGCAAAUUAGAUGUACUCGGAUGGAAGGAAGCUUUCCUUUGUUUCCCUCGAUUGACUCAAUGAAUCCAGCUUAUGUUCUUGAUGUUCUUGGUAUUCCAACAUGGUCUUGGUCUUGGACUUGGACAGAAAAAGAACAAGCUAUGGAGAAAUUUUUGUAAAGAUUUUGAACGCGGCACAUUUGACUUCUCAGAC